AUGCAUGGGAACAGUUCCUCUGUGGAGCCAUUAUCAUCUGAUUAUGAUGAGAUGAGACAAAGAUCGGCAUUGGAAAAGCAACAAACAAUUGUUGACAAGGAUGAAAAAAAUUCAAAAUUUAUCCCGAAGGGUAACAAACGUGAACAAAGGCAAGAGCAAAAGCGCCUGUAUGAAAUACAUCAGAUCCAAAAUUCAGAAUUAGUCGAUAAAGCAAUUAUAAUUUCAUCACUCAUUUUUUAUUUAAUCUUAUUCAUUGCAUCUCGAUUUGUGUCUCUCAAAUUCAAGAAAUUUUACAAGUUGUCAUACAAAUAUGAAGAUUCUGAUUAUUAUGACAUUGGUUUUGACGAUCUUUAUUUUGGGAUAUUUUGGAUUAUCAAUUUACUAUUUUUAAGGAGUUUCCUCAUUCUAUUUUGUUUUAAUCCAUGCGCAAAACUCUUAGGAAUCAAAAAGUUUAAAGCCACCCAAAGAUUUAUUGAACAGGCUUGGUCAAUGGUAUACUACUCAUUUUCUUGGGGAUUCGGGUUCUACCUUUACUAUAAUUCUGAUUAUUAUUUAGACUGCUACAACAUUUAUGCCAAUUGGCCACAUGACGUACUCUCAGCACCUAUGAAAUUCUACUACUUGCUUCAAUCAGCGAGCUGGUUCCAACAAUUUAUUGUUCUACAUAUAGAGUCAAGGAGAAAGGACCAUUAUCAAAUGUUAGCCCACCAUAUCAUCACUUGUAUUCUAACAACUGCUUCUUACUCAUUAUAUUUUACCAAGAUUGGUCAUGUGAUUCUUUUAUUAAUGGACAUUGUGGAUGUUUUUUUGUCAACUGCCAAAAUCUUAAAAUAUGCUGGAUUUCAAACAGUAUGUGAUUUAAUGUUUCUAUUUUUUAUGGUUUCUUGGAUUAUAUUUAGACAUGGAGUUUAUAAUUACGUUUUAUGGUUUACAGCAACAAGGGCUAGAGAUAUAAUGGGAAAUAAGUGCUCAACAUUUUUGCCUAGUGAGACUUAUAAAGCAUGUUACACAGAUUUACAGGUGGAUAUUUUUAUGCUACUCCUAGUUGCAUUACAAGUGAUAAUGUGUAUCUGGAUGUAUAUGAUUUUUAGAGUCGCUUUCCAUGUUAUUUCAGGUGGAUCCGCAGAUGAUGUGAGAAGUGACACUGACGACUAG